AUGCCUCGGAUUAACAUAAAGGGUGGUGUUUGGAGGAAUACUGAGGAUGAAAUCCUCAAAGCUGCUGUUAUGAAAUAUGGCAAAAAUCAAUGGGCCAGAAUAGCUUCUUUGCUGCACCGCAAAGCCGCUAAGCAGUGUAAAGCUAGGUGGUAUGAAUGGCUUGAUCCUAGUGUAAAGAAAACAGAGUGGAGCCGUGAAGAAGAUGAAAAAUUAUUACAUCUUGCCAAGCUUAUGCCAACUCAGUGGCGAACAAUUGCUCCGAUAGUUGGAAGAACUGCAAAUCAAUGUUUAGAACGCUAUGAAUAUCUUUUAGACAAAGCACAAAACAGGGAAGGCUUGUCUGCAGAAGAGGAUCCUAAACGUCUUCGUCCUGGUGAAAUCGAUCCAAAUCCUGAAACUAAACCUGCACGUCCAGAUCCCGUUGAUAUGGAUGAAGAUGAAUUAGAAAUGCUUUCAGAAGCCAGAGCAAGACUGGCAAACACACAGGGAAAAAAGGCAAAACGUAAAGCUAGAGAACGUCAACUUGAAAUUGCACGAAGAAUGGCCAUGAUGCAAAAACGUCGAGAACUUCGAGCAGCUGGCUUGGGGACAUUCUUGGGAUUAGCACCAAAAACAAAACCAUGCAUGGAUUAUAAUUCAGAAAUUCCAUUUGAGAAACAACCUCCUAAAGGAUUUUAUGAUACUAGUAGAGAAAAACCAGAAAUUAAACCUAUGGAUUUUCAACGUUUAAGACUUUCAGAUAUUGAAAAAGAAAGUUUUAUGGAAAGAGAAAAGCGUGAACGUAAAAAAGACGCAGAACGACAAGCUAAACGUAUGCAAUCUGAUUUACCUGGAGUUAUUUUACAACGUGGUAAUUCUUUGGAUGAACCAAUGUUAAAACGAUCGAAGCUUGUACUUCCUGCUCCUCAAGUAUCUGAUUUAGAAUUGGAAAAUUUAAUUAAAGUAUGUUUUUUUUAA